AUGAAUGUGUCUAAGAAAUUCAUCGAGCAGAGCGUUAUGAAAAAUCUAAUGUCAGUACUACAGCGUAAUCUAGCCAAGCAGCCAUUUCUACACCAUGACGCACCGUUUGUGCGUGCAAGUGUAGCAGCAAUUUUUCGGUGGAAAGAGAAAGAAAAACAAUCGUUUCAGCUUUUAUUUGUGCGGCGAUGUGUAAAUGAAAAAGACACAUGGAGUGGCCAAGUGGCAUUUCCCGGUGGUCGACGACAGAAGAAGAUCAAGACGGACGACUCCAAUCUGAAUAAAGUGUCUAAGGAGUGGACGGACUGGGAGUCACUCUGUGAGACGGCACAGCGAGAGACGAUGGAGGAAGUUGGACUGGACCUCUCGACUUCACACGUGCACUGGAUUGGUAACUUGCCACCUAUUCGAACGCAUUUGCGUUCAUUGCGUGUCAGUAUACAAGUCUUCUUCAUUGAUGUAGCAGCGAGUGAACACGAUUACAAGCCGAAACUUCAGGAAUCUGAGGUCGCCGAUGUGUUUUGGGUGGACGUGCACGAACUGUUUAACACACAACGAUACCACGUUCUCUCCUAUCCGCUGGAAGAUAGUCUAUUGAGUCUCCGAAUGCAUCCGCGUGUGCUUGCAAUGGCAAAGAGGUUGCUUGGCAAUAUGUUGUUCGAUUGCAUUUACUUGCCGAGACCGAACCACUUACUGCUCGGUGACGAUCAUCUGUCGCGUCGUAACGUGCACGAUUUCGUGCUAUGGGGACUCACACUUCGUGCCGUGGUGGACCUUUUUGCAGUCGCUGGUUCUCCGUUGCCCAUGCGUCCAAAUGCCCAGCACUUCGACUCCAAGAUACUUGGUAAGAUUGUACUGUAUUGUAUGCGUUUCCCAGAAAAGGUCAUGGCUGGCACUGCUACCAUUUCGACGAUGAUACUUGUCGGAGUCAUCUCCAGCAGGUUGUAA